UAGUGUUGACAAAAAAACAUCUUCUUGGAAAAUUUAUCUUAGAGAGCAAAGCAUGGACUCGUGUCCCUUUUCGCAGAGUUAUUUUGUUGUUUCCGAUUUCGCUUUCACCACGAGCAACACAGAGAGAGUCAGUAAACUUUACCAAAUCCUUCUCGAAUGAAAUUCGGCUUAUUGCGCACUGGAACAUUUAAGAGGGCACGAAGGACGAAGGCUGUUCUGAUGGGCAAAAUGCCGUAAGAAAUGAAAAAGAAGUGUAAUGCGCGGUUUUGCGGCUCGAAUGUCUUACGGAAAAGAGUCGAAUGCAACCCGAGACAGAUUCCCGCCGCGAUCGGAUGUUCGUUGUCUGGCAUAGGAUCGAGACUGAGGGGAGAUGAGGGAGUAGGGAGAGAAGGCGACGAGCUGACGGCGGCUACAAAAGACAAAACUCGGUUGAAAUUUGUUGAAAUGCCGCCUUCUUUUGCUAUAACCCUUGUUAUUUUCACGUCCUGCACCAUUCCCAAGUGUGUCGGAGGUGUGAACAUCACUCAGCCAAAUCGUACCAGUGUAAAUGUAUACCGGUGUAUAUGCUCUGACUGCCGUAGCAAUGCCAGAGAACAAACCUGCAGCACAGAGACAGGCUGCUUCUCGUCACUUUUUCUGUUAGAGAAUGGUCAGUCUUCAGUAACCAAGGGUUGUCUGAAAGAUGCUGACCAUUAUAACAUGAUGUGCCGUGGUCCUCGUGGCAAGCCUAAUCUACACGAUACCAGAUGCUGCACACACGAUCUGUGCAAUAAGCAUAUAAACCCUACACAUGCUCCUAGUACAAUACCGCCAAUCAAGCAGGAAAAACUUGAUGUCCAAUUCCUAAUAAUCAGCAUUUGUGCUCCAGUUGCUGCUUUGAUUGUGUGUCUGAUUAUUGUGUACAUGAUAUUUCGGCACCUGAUGAAGCACCAUGCGCAUCAUCAGUCCGUUCCACGGCAUGAGUUAGGACCAGUGAGCCAUGUGCAGUGCCCAUGUAAUGAGGAAAGACCUCUUAUUCAAGACUUGAUUGACAUUUCAUCUGGAAGUGGCUCUGGUCUACCACUUCUUGUCCAAAGGACAGUUGCUAGAGAGACCCAACUGAUUGAAUCAAUCGGCAAAGGGCGGUAUGGAGAGGUCUGGAAAGGUGUCUACCAGGGAGAAAGUGUUGCAAUCAAGAUAUUCAGCACCACAGAUGAAGCAUCCUGGAAACGUGAAACAGAGAUAUACAAUACUGUAAUGCUACGGCAUGACAACAUCCUUGGGUUUAUUGCUGCUGACGUUCAUUCACGCAAAUCUACAACCUAUAUGUGGCUUAUAAUGCAUUACCAUGAGCAAGGCUCUCUGUAUGACUUCCUCAACCGCUCAACAUUUGAUGCAGAGACUCUUUGUAGACUUGCAUUAUCAGCAGCUAGUGGCCUUGCACAUUUACACACCGAGAUCUUUGGCACAAACCGAACUGGUAGCAAGCCGGCUAUAGCUCACAGAGACAUCAAGUCUAAAAAUAUACUUGUCAAGUCAAACUACACUUGUGCUGUAGGCGAUCUUGGUCUUGCUGUUAUGUACUCCCAGGAUAAAGACUCGGUAGAUAUGGGUGAGAACCCUAAGAUUGCUGUAGGAACUAGACGCUACAUGGCUCCUGAAAUCCUUGAAGAGACUAUCAAUGCAAAAUGCAUCAACUCAUUCAAACGUGCUGAUGUCUAUGCAUUUGGACUUGUUUUAUGGGAGAUAGCACGGAGAUAUGUUUCCGGAGGUAUUGUUGAGGAGUAUCAGCCUCCCUUUUAUGACAUGGUACAAUCAGACCCUAGCAUUGAUGAGAUGAAAAAAGUAGUUGUGACUGAGAACAAAAGACCUUCUCUUCCAAAUCGCUGGACUGGUGACCCGACAUUGCAAGUGAUGUCCAAGCUGAUUCGUGAAUGCUGGAAUCCUAACCCUGCAGCACGACUCACCUCUCUCAGGAUUAAAAAGUCCCUGCUAAAGCUGAUGGACUCUUUAAAACCCAGAAACAACUGUCUGAACAGAACACCCCUCAUCACUGAAGUCAGUGAUGUGAACAUCCACCUUGAGUCGAUGGAAUCUGAGGAGAGUAGGUCCCUUGUCAAAAUAUAAAGGAAUACAAUCUUCAUUAGUGGACUGAGCUAUCAGCGAGAACCUGACUAAACUAAUGUACAGGUUCAGUACAUGGGCUAGAAAAAAUAUACUAGGAAGUAUAUGUAAUAUAAUUGAUUUUGGUCUAUAAAAAAUAAUUUAGUUCAUUUCGCUUGUUGAAUGUAUUUCAAUAGAAAACUGACUCAUUUCUACUUGUAUUUCUUGUGAGGGCUAUUGUCUGUCUGAUAUUGAUAUUUCUCUGUUGGUCCAUGCUGUUAUUUCUUACAUCAUUCCUGUUGUAGUUAAUUACUUACUAAAGACAUUUACGCUAUCAUAUCUACUAUAAUAAGAUAUCUACAUCUAGUUGCCAUCCUUGGAUAUGCACCAAAUGGGACUUAUUCCGAAAGUAAGCUAUCAGAAACCAUGCUUUUGUAGUUUUCAAACUGAUCAAUGUGUUUGAUAGAUGAAAUUUGUAGUAAGCUUCACAGAUUGAUCAAGUAAACAUGGCAUUGAUUGUUGUUAAGUUACAAUGCUCUAUGUUGAAAUAAAGGAUAAUUUGACAA